AUGAACACUUCCCCAGCACAUCAGAAACAGAAUACUACAAAACAUAAAAUGGUCAAGGGCGCUCCUGACUAUGAUGAUGCAGCCUACUGGGACAAGAAGUUCAUAACCGGCCAGGAUGUAGGCGAAUGGCUCAACGAGGGCGAUUUGCUUAUUGAGCGUGCCAUGGCUGAGCUGGAAAGUCGGGAUGUGAAGAAGGAUAUUAUACCUGGUGGUCCUCGUGUAUUACACCUGGGACCUGGUAUUUCAGCGCUUGGAAGCAAACUCUGUGAGGCUUUUGAAAGCCGGGGUUGGAAGGGCUGUGAUAUUGUUAAUGUGGACUUUUCCUCCGAAGCAGUUCGAUUAGGUCUCGAACGAGAAAACACAAAAUCAGAUCAAGAUCAUAUCAUGCACUGGACCCAAGCAGAUCUGUGCUCCUGGAAAGACAUAUCCCAGCGACUUUUACCACUCGCCCCCUUCGAUGUUUUUCCGGACAAGAGUACCAGCGAUGCCAUUGCGACGUCCGUGCCUCGAAAAUUUUAUCGUUCGGCAAUACAGUCCGAAACAGAUACCAUCUGCCCAGUCGUGCAGGAUUUGCUACAGGAUCCUUCAAACUUCAAGGGACCGGAUGAGAGUCUCACCCUUUCCCCUGUCGAGUUGCUAUCUCUUCAUCUGGUCCCCUUGUCUAGAGCAGGUACGAUUUGGCUGGUACUAUCGUACUCUAGCGCGCGAUUUGAUGGCUUGGAAUAUUUGGAUAGAUUCUGGGAAGUUGCCUCGCGUACUCCGCUCAGGGCUCCUUCUGGUCAGACGUCGUCUGCAGCUGCCAUGGUGCCUGAGGUGUUUCAUUGGUUAUAUAUUCUACGACGCAAGUGA